AUGCCUUAUACUAGUAGGGUAUGUAGCCAGGGCGAAACGCACGAGCAGCUGGCCUGGCCGACUGCUGCUGCUGUUACUCUUGUCGAUGGCGGCCACCCCCCCAACCAUGUCCAAGAUAGACCGCCGCACAUCCAGGAGAUCGCUCGGCAUCCAGGGAACAACCCCCACCAUUCCUGGACUCACAUAACCCGCACUCUCCCCCGACACCACUAUCUCCCCACCUCGACCGACCAGCCCUACAACGAUGAUGUCCCGACUGCACACCCCGCCUUCGCUGUGGACGACCCUGGCGAUCACGGCGGCGGCGACGACCCUGCUGGCGUUCCACGUGUACCUCGAGUCCUCGCUGCUUCUGCUCGGGCACGACCUGCGGGCCGGGCCAGCGGGAGGGCCAGACUCCGCCACCUCCUCGCCCGCAACGGGGUCGACUUCAGCCGCACUAUCGUCGCCGGAUUCAGCCAGGGCGCAGUGAUGGCGCUGCUGCUCGGCCUGACCCUGGACCCGCCGCCAGCGGGGAUAAUAAUGCUAUCCGGGUACCUGCCCAUGCCGGGCGAUCUGGGUGCGCUUUUCGGGCGGAAGGGCGGCGAACGACGGGGGACGAUAGUGCACUGGCUGCACGGGGCCAAGGACGGCUAUUUCCCGCUGCCCGCCGCCCGGAGGGGCUUCCAGCAGCUGCAGGACCUCGGCCUCUUCGCGCCCGAGAACCUCGCCUUCUCCAGCAUGGCCGACCUCGACCAUGCCUGGUCGGCCGCCGAGCUCGAGCUCCUCAUCCGCGCCUCCCUCGACCGCUUCUUGCCCGCUCCUCCCACCCCGCCCCCGGCUUGA